CCUCGGGCGACCGGAAGCUCGUGAGACAGGUGGCUUCUUUCAUUAUGUGCGCGUCAGUCAAGUAUAGCACCCGGGGUCCAGCCCUCAUCCCAAGAAUGAAAACCAAACACCGGAUCUACUACAUUGCUCUCUUCUCUAUUGUCCUGCUGGGCCUCAUUGCCACAGGCAUGUUCCAGUUCUGGCCACACUCCAUAGAGUCUUCAAAUGACUGGACAGUUGAAAAGCACAGCAUUCACGAUGUACCUAUAAUUAAGAUUCCUGCCGAGAGUGCCAUCCCAGAGCGAGGAGACCUCAGCUGCAGGAUGCACACAUGCUUUGACGUCUACCGCUGCGGCUUCAACCCUAAAAAUAAGAUCAAGGUCUAUAUUUACUCCCUAAAGAAAUAUGUAGAUGAAUAUGGCAUGCCAGUCAGCCAUACCAUUUCCCGGGAAUACAAUGAACUCUUAACUGCUAUCUCUGACAGUGACUUCUACACAGAUGAUGUGAACCGUGCCUGUCUCUUUGUGCCAUCAAUUGAUGUGCUGAACCAGAACACGCUCCGUAUCAAGGAAACGGCUCAGGCUUUGGCGCAACUAUCCCGUUGGGAUCGAGGAACAAACCACCUCUUGUUCAACAUGUUGCCUGGAGGACCACCUGACUAUAAUACAGCACUAGAUGUUCCAAGGGACAGAGCUCUGUUGGCUGGUGGAGGUUUUUCUACAUGGACCUAUCGGCAAGGAUAUGAUGUCAGUAUUCCUGUUUACAGUCCGUUGUCUUCAGAAGUGCAGUUGCCAAAUAAAGGCCCAGGUCCUCGCAGGUACUUCCUGCUGUCCUCUCAGAUGGCUCUUCAUCCUGAAUACCGUUCUGACUUGGAGGCUCUUCAAGCUGAGAAUGUGGAAUCUGUGUUGAUCCUGGAUAAAUGUACCAACCUCUCAGAGGGAAUCCCUUUUAUUCUUAAGCGUUGCUACAAGAAUCAGGUUUUUGAUUAUCCUCAGGUACUUCAGGAAGCAACAUUUUGUGUGGUUUUGCGGGGUGCCCGCUUGGGACAAGCUGUGCUGAGUGAUGUACUUCAGGCUGGGUGCAUCCCUGUCGUCAUAGCUGACUCUUAUAUUCUGCCUUUCUCUGAAGUCCUGGACUGGAAAAGAGCUUCUGUAGUGAUACCUGAAGAAAAGAUGUCUGAUAUGUACAACAUCCUGCAAAGCAUACCCCAGCGACAGAUUGAAGAGAUGCAGAGACAGGCAAGAUGGUUUUGGGAAGCUUAUUUUCAGUCAAUGAAAGUAAUUGCUCUGGCAACCCUUAAGAUUAUCAAUGACCGGAUCUACCCAUAUGCUGCUACAUCAUAUGAGGAAUGGAACGACCCCCCAGCAAUUAAAUGGAGCAGUGUAAGCAAUCCACUCUUUCUUCCAUUGAUUCCACCUCAGUCACAAGGCUUCACUGCUAUUGUUCUGACCUACGAUCGGGUUGAGAGCCUAUUCAGAGUAAUCACUGAAGUGUCAAAGGUGCCCAGCCUUUCCAAGCUGUUAGUGGUUUGGAACAACCAAAAUAAAAUCCCCCCAGAAGAAUCUAUUUGGCCCAAAGUUCGAGUUCCAUUGAAGGUUUUACGGACCACAGAAAACAAACUGAGUAACCGCUUCUUUCCAUAUGAUGAGAUUGAAACAGAAGCAGUGUUGGCCAUUGAUGAUGACAUAAUCAUGUUGACCUCUGAUGAACUGCAGUUUGGUUAUGAGGUGUGGAGAGAAUUCCCCGACAGACUAGUUGGGUACCCAGGUCGCCUGCAUUUGUGGGACCAUGAGACAAGUAAAUGGAAAUAUGAGUCGGAGUGGACCAAUGAAGUCUCAAUGGUGCUCACAGGAGCAGCUUUUUACCACAAGUAUUUUAAUUACUUGUACACAUACAAAAUGCCUGGAGACAUCAAGAACUGGGUGGAUGCUCACAUGAAUUGUGAAGACAUCGCCAUGAAUUUUCUAGUAGCUAAUGUUACUGGGAAAGCCGUCAUUAAGGUGACCCCCAGAAAGAAAUUUAAAUGUCCGGAGUGCACAGCCAUAGAUGGAUUGUCGCUCGACCAAACACACAUGGUGGAAAGGUCUGAAUGUAUCAACAAGUUUGCCUCUGUCUUUGGGACCAUGCCUCUGAAAGUGGUGGAGCACCGGGCAGAUCCAGUCCUGUACAAAGAUGACUUUCCUGAAAAACUGAAGAGUUUCCCCAACAUUGGAAGCUUGUAAAAAUUUGCAGCAAGGCAAAUUGGAUGCUGGAAUCCAGUACAAA